CCAGCCACCCAGUUGGGCCACCCCUAAAAUUGCCUUUUUCCUACACACGCGUUCGAACAUUCGCCUCUACAUUUUCACAAUUUUCACACUAGCCAUGACUCUCCCUAGUUCAAACGAUGCGCAAUUACCUCAAGAAGCUCGCAUCCAGCUUUCAAUCGACGCAGUUCAUCAAAAAUCGAUCCCUUCCCUCUACCAAGCCUCCAAAACGUUCAACGUACCAUAUUCGACCCUCAAAGCGCGUAACGCAGGCAGACGCUUGGCCAACGAAUUCCAACAAUCUCAGCAACCUCUAUCUACACAAGAGGAAGCAUUAGUAAAGCGAUGUAUACUUCAGAUGGCAGCCUAGGGCUGGCCAAUCUCAAUAUAACACCUGGGAGGCCUUGUAAUGGAUCUGCUUCGAAAACAAAGUGAUAAAGAACCUCUAGGCCACAAUUGGUACAAGAACUAUCUUGUCAGACAUCCUAAGAUUAAGCUAAAGUUCGCUUGCUGUCAUAAUCAGUUGCGGAAAGACGCUGCAGAUUACAAAUUGUUAAAGAAGUGGUUUAUCUUGUAUAACGAGAU